UUGAGACCGAGUCUCGCAGUCACACAGACGCAAAGAAAGAGAGACAAUGGUGCUUUGGGAGAUCACAUUGGGAACGGCUUACUUUUUGGGAUUGAAACGAACUUACAGGCUUGCUUUGAAGCUCCAACGUCUUCUCGUCGGCCCUCAUCAUCCUCAGAUACGCCAAUUCCUUCACAGGCGAACACGUGUUGUUUUUGAUGUAGCAGUCCGGGUUCAUAUUAACAUACAACAGAGAGACUUAGAAGUUGGUCGGAACCUUGGGAACUGGAUCCUUCGGUGGCUAGAUCACAUGAAACCAUCUGCUCAUAUCCGUGGUCCUCUUGGAAACCCACCCAGUGUUGGCUACACAUUCAAGCAUGUUACCAACUCAUCCAGCCAGAAGCCUCCCUGGUCCAUCCAAAGAUUUCGUAACAGAGUUAUGAACAGGGGAACCGUUGGACGUCUCACCACAUCAAUGUAUGUAUGGCCUAAAUCAUUCCCUACUCUGGCAACAAUAUUGCUGCCAUCGAGAUCGACUGGUGCAAACAUCCAGUACAGGAACUUGUGCUUCAGUGGGACUUAUUUGCCAGGACCAAACUAUGGAAAAGGCAGAUCUGAUGGGGUGGUUCGGAAGGACAUAAUGCAGUGGAUGCUGCAAAAUUGACUACUGAAACUUCUGCAGACUUUUUCUGAUUAUUGCUAGUUUUGUAAAUUCUUCCUUUGGUCCAUCCUGAGAACUCGAUUCUGCAGAUAUGAAAAAUAACAUGGUAUGUCUGGAAAAACCAUGCUGUACCGUGGGAAACAACAUUCAAGUGUUUUUGUUUGUUCGCAUGACAUUCAGCCAACGCCUUGUU